AUGGAGCAGAAUGCAGUUGCCCUACAGAGUUUGGAGGCCGCACGCGCCAACUCUGAAGCCACUCAAAGGCAGUUAAUGGAAAUCAUUGCUGCUACCAGAGGUACGCCUGGAGCUUCCUCUUCCAACGCUACUCACCAGACCGAGUGGAGCUUGGAGAGCUUCCUUCAACACCAUCCGACCAAGUUCAGUGGGAAAUGCCUCCCUGAUGAGGCAGAUCAGUGGCUAAGGGACAUGGAGAGGAUUUUCAACGCCAAGAGAUGCCCGGAUGAGAACAGGUUGGCGUUUACAGAAUAUCUACUAACUGGAGAAGAAAGCCACUGGUGGGCGAGCAUGAGAGCUAUCCUGACGGACGCCCAAAAUCCUAUCACCUGGGAAGUAUUCCAGAGCAAGUUUUAUGAAGAAUACUUCCCUGACAGCGUCCGUUUUGCCAAGGAAGUGGAGUUUCUGCAGCUGGUUCAAGGUGGGAUGUCCGUUUCUGAAUACACCAACAAGUUCAAACACCUUGUCAGGUUCAAUAUGAUGGCCACCAGUGAAGAGUGGCAGUGUAGGAAGAUUGAGAACGAACUGAGAAGCGACCUGAAGGUUUUGAUUUCCAGCUUAUGUAUACGGACGUUUCCUGCUAUGCCUUGGGGUGCGACCAAGACUGAAAACGUUCGUCCUAAUGGUGUCCGGUUUAAUAGUGUUUGA